AUGUAUGGUCGUGAAUUACUAGUGCAAAGUCUGAUGAAGCGAACUGGGGAUGGUCAUAGCACACACGUAUGGUAUGACAACUGGAUCUUGCUCGACGUUGCUCACCUCCCGAGAUACAGAACUGAUGAGGUGAAUCUGUCUCUCACAGUAUCUGAACUAAUUGACACGAGAUAUGGUACGUGGAACGUACAGCGAGUGAGACACCUCUUUGUUGAAGAAGAUGCAAACCACAUUUUGGGCUUGAAGAUUGAUAUGAGCCGAGUUGAUGCAGUGGUGUGGGGGUUAGAGAGAAGCGGUGUGUACAAUACAAAAGGUGGCUAUAAGCUACUUGAAACGAUGCAGGAAGAUAAUACCGAUCUUCAGGUCACGCUACCACCAAUGGAGAGGCGCCUUUGGUCCAAUCUAUGGAAGGUGAAAACCUUGCUGAAGAUAAGACAUUUUCUCUGGAAGGCGCUUGCAGGAGCUCUAGCUGUAGCUGAUCGACUGCGGACUCGGGGCCUACAUAUUGAUCAUGAGUGUAGAGGCUGUCAGGCAGCGCCCGAAACCAUAUGCCAUGUCCUCUUCCACUGUCCUACCGCUCAAGAAAUCUGGCAUUUGUCAGGUUUUCCUCAGCCUCUGGCGGGUUUCUCUACCAACUCUGGGAGGAAUGAGCUCAUCUUUGCUAAUACUCGUCUUGGCGCAGCAACAAUUAUGGACAAGGCUUGGAAUGAUUAUGAUGCAUGGGCAGAGGUUAAUAUUGUGAAUUCUUCUCAAGUGUACGACGACAAUGUUGAUGGGGCUCCGAUCGUGAAAUGGGAGAAACCAUGCCAAAGCUUUGUGAAAUGUAACAUUGAUUCAUCGUGGAUCAAUGGGACUGUCAACACUGGAGUCUCUUGGAUCCUUCGUAAUAACUCAGGUGAACUUAUGAUGCAAAGUCGCAGAUCCUUCUCUUCAGUCCCUACUAAGCUUGAGGCAGAGCUUUUAAGUUUUACUUGGGCUAUUGAUUGUCUCUCAGACUUACGCUUUGACAAAAUUGUGUUUGAAUCAUCUUCCUACCUUGCGGGCGAAGCAAUCCUUAGACCUGAAAAGUUCCUUGGUUGUCAAGACUUGCUGGGAUAUAUCUGCUUCAAGUUGACUAACUUUAGUCUGUGGAACAGCUCCUAUGCCCACCUUGAAGGUAAUAGAUGUGCUCAUGAAAUAGCUCUCAGUGUCACUAGAGACCACCGGUAUCAAUCAUACAUAGCUCGAGGUGGACCAUUUUGGCUUAGAGCGUUGACACUAGAGGAGGCAAAAGACGAUACAUGA